AGGAGACUUCGGCGGCUCGGGCGCUUUCACCUUCCCCGAGCGGGAGCGGGAGUGGGGCGGGGUUGGGGAUGGGCCAUCCUGCCGCGGCUGGGGCAGCAGCCUUCCCCCGGGUCCGGCGCCGAAGCUUUCUCCCCCGGGGCGGGAAUGGAGGCUGGACCCCUCUCCCCAAAGCCGAGGCUCGGUCCGCGCUCCUGCGACUAGGCUGAAGCUGCUCCCCUCUCCCCGCCGCCUCCGGGCGUUCUGGCCGUACACCCACACUGGGACUGGGACUCGGCUGUGAUCCCGAGGCCGCAGCUCCGCUCUCGUCCCGCCACCUCCUCCGGGCCCACCUGCUCCCUCAGCCACAGGCCAUCUCGGGGCUCUGGGACUGGACGGCUGCAGCCUCUUCCCUCUGCCCCCGGGAACGGCUCCACUCCGUCCCCUGCACCGCCUGCAGCCGCGGCCCCCUCAGCAGCUGUGUCUCCUGGCGCCUCCUCGCCAUACCCAGCAGAGCAGUUGGAGCAGACAACCAGGCUGCCCGGAAGAGUUUUUGGUGGGGUUUCUGCACUGAGGUGGAAACCCAGCAGAACCUGCCCUUUCUUCCCUCUCCUGCCCCGCAAGACAGCCCACCCCGACCUUGAGAUCCCGGGUUUGGAGAAUCCUGCUGAGAGUGAACAGUAGGAGGAUUCCCCAAAGCUUCCAGUUUGCCACCUGGAAGAAGGUCACUUUCUUUUGAGCAAAGGAGAUAAUGGGAGGUACCCUGCCAAUGUUCACUGAGAGGCGGGGGUGACAUGGGCCACGGUUGCUCUGGGAGGGUUGUGGCACUCGGGGCUGGGUGGCUCUCCCUAAGCUUGCUCUGACAAAAGAGUUUUGAGUUGGUCUUUUGGCUGAGCCUGCCCAGGAAGGCAGGCUCCUGCAGGAGUCUUGGAGGGUCGGAUGCGGCGCCGGAUGAGGAUGAGGCGUGGCGGAAGAUGCGUUUGGCUCUGCAGACACUGCAUCGGGCAGCAGGGGACUCUGGGAGGCUGGUGCAGCCAGAAGGCAUGGCUCUUGACAGCCUUCUAGUAGAAUCUCUGGAAUUGUGCAUGUCCCCCCCGCCUCCAGCCAGCCUGUGCAGACUUGCUGCCUGCUGUGUCACCGGGAACGCAAAGGCUGGGAAGAAGGCCCUUCUCAAAAUGGACUGGUGUUGCAGGAUCUCCUUGUCACACACAUCCUGCAAAUCACAGUCUUGUGGAGAUGACUCUCAUUCGUCCUCGUCUUCCUCUUCAUCAUCCUCAUCCUCGUCCUCCUCUUCCUGCCCUGGGAACUCAGGAGACUGGGAUCCUAGCUCGUUCCUGUCGGCACAUAAGCUCUCGGGCCUCUGGAAUUCCCCACAUUCCAGUGGGGCCAUGCCAGGCAGCUCUCUUGGGAGUCCUUCUACCAUCCCCGGUGAGGCUUUCCCCAUCUCGGAGCACCACCAGCACUCAGACCUCACUGCUCCCCCUAACAGCCCCACCGGCCACCACCCCCAGCCAGCAUCUCUAAUCCCGUCUCACCCCAGCUCCUUUGGCUCCCCGCCCCACCCACACCUGCUGCCCACCACCCCGGCAGCACCUUUCCCUGCCCAGGCUUCAGAGUGCCCUGUUGCUGCUGCCACCGCCCCCCACACUCCAGGGCCAUGUCAGAGCUCCCAUCUACCCUCCACCAGCAUGCCGCUCCUGAAGAUGCCCCCACCAUUCUCGGGGUGCAGCCACCCCUGCAGCGGGCACUGUGGUGGGCACUGCAGUGGGCCUCUCCUCCCACCCCCGAGCUCUCAGCCACUCCCUAGCACUCACAGGGAUCCCGGGUGCAAGGGGCACAAGUUUGCACACAGUGGCCUGGCUUGCCAGCUGCCCCAGCCCUGCGAGGCAGAUGAGGGGCUGGGUGAGGAAGAGGAUAGCAGCUCUGAGCGAAGCUCCUGCACCUCGUCCUCCACCCACCAGAGAGAUGGGAAGUUCUGUGACUGCUGCUACUGUGAGUUCUUCGGCCACAAUGCGAGAAGUGAACGCUUGGGAGUGAUGAAGGCAGAGUGGAAGCAAAAAGGCUCUCAGUCCCCCAAGUGUGACAGCCAGCCGAGGGACAGGCCAUGAGCACAGACGGCGCCAGGAAGGAGGCUCAGAUCAGAGGGCAUGCUGGCUCUGGCCAGGGGGAGGAAGCAGUGCAGAAGUCUCAUAAGCCACCCGCUGCCCCGACGAGUCGGAACUAUACCGAGAUCCGGGAGAAGCUCCGCUCAAGGCUGACCAGGCGGAAAGAGGAGCUGCCCAUGAAGGGGGGCACCCUGGGCGGGAUCCCUGGGGAGCCCGCCGUGGACCACCGAGAUGUGGAUGAGCUGCUGGAAUUCAUCAACAGCACGGAGCCCAAAGUCCCCAACAGCGCCAGGGCCGCCAAGCGGGCCCGGCACAAGCUGAAAAAGAAGGAAAAGGAGAAGGCCCAAUUGGCAGCAGAAGCUCUAAAGCAGGCGAAUCGUGUUUCUGGAAGCCGGGAGCCAAGGCCUGCCAGGGAGAGGCUCUUGGAGUGGCCUGACCGGGAACUGGAUCGGGUCAACAGCUUCCUGAGCAGCCGUCUGCAGGAGAUCAAAAACACUGUCAAAGACUCCAUCCGUGCCAGCUUCAGUGUGUGUGAGCUCAGCAUGGACAGCAAUGGCUUCUCUAAGGAGGGGGCUGCUGAGCCUGAGCCUCAGAGUCUACCCCCCUCAAACCUCAGUGGCUCCUCAGAGCAGCAGCCUGACAUCAACCUUGACCUGUCCCCUUUGACUUUGGGCUCCCCUCAGAACCACACGUUACAAGCUCCAGGCGAGCCAGCCCCACCAUGGGCAGAAAUGAGAGGCCCCCACCCACCAUGGACAGAGGUGAGGGGGCCCCCUCCUGGUAUCGUCCCCGAGAACGGGCUCGUGAGGAGACUCAACACCGUGCCCAACCUGUCCCGGGUGAUCUGGGUCAAGACACCCAAGCCGGGCUACCCCAGCUCCGAGGAGCCAAGCUCAAAGGAAGUUCCCAGUUGCAAGCAGGAGCUGCCUGAGCCUGUGUCCUCAGGUGGGAAGCCACGGAAGGGCAAGAGGCAGGGCAGUCAGGCCAAGAAGAGCGAGGCAAGCCCAGCCCCCCGGCCCCCAGCCAGCCUAGAGGUUCCCAGUGCCAAGGGCCAGGUCGCUGGCCCCAAGCAGCCAGGGAAGGUCCUAGAGCCUCCCAAAGUAGGCAGCUGUGCUGAGGCUGGAGAGGGGAGCCGGGGGAGCCGGCCAGGACCAGGCUGGGCUGGCAGUCCCAAAACUGAGAAGGAGAAGGGCAGCUCCUGGCGAAACUGGCCAGGCGAGGCCAAGGCACGGCCUCAGGAGCAGGAGUCUGUGCAGCCCCCAGGCCCAGCAAGGCCACAGAGCUUGCCCCAGGGCAAGGGCCGCAGCCGCCGGAGCCGCAACAAGCAGGAGAAGCCAGCCUCCUCCUUGGACGAUGUGUUCCUGCCCAAGGACAUGGACGGGGUGGAGAUGGAUGAGACUGACCGAGAGGUGGAGUACUUUAAGAGGUUCUGUUUGGAUUCUGCAAAGCAGACUCGUCAGAAAGUUGCUGUGAACUGGACCAACUUCAGCCUCAAGAAAACCACUCCUAGCACAGCUCAGUGAGGCCCUGCCCAGGCUGAGCUUCUUCAGGGCGUCCUGAGACCCCGACUGCCAGCUGAAGGCCUACAAUUUUUCCCUCCGUGUGCCCCACCUACCCGUCCAAGACCCUCUCUGCUCCCUACCAUCCUGGACCAACCAAAAGCUGAAUGGAUGCCACACUGUGCUGGGGCCCCUUGACCUCAGCAGAGCCGCUUCCUGGUGCUACGCAGCCUCCACACUCAGAGCCCGUGGACUGGGCUGGCCUAAGGGCCGGGGCUGAUGGUACUGCUGGCCCAACACUGCUCUCUUUGUGUUUGGUUUUUUUUUUUGUUUUUGUUUUUAUUUUAUUUUUUUCCAAUUCUUUACUUUUGAUACUGUGAAGAUCUUUCGUGCCGAAAGAUAAAGCAACAUUUGGACACAGAA